AUGGCAGUUUAUGCAGCCAUCUGGAAGCUCAGUAGCAUCAGUUGUUGCCUGAUCUACUUCACUGAAUAUUCUCAACCUCCAACGAGACGCAGCUCAAAAAUAAUUCCGAUAUUCCGCCGAGGCACCGCUCAAACCACUCUCGACUUCCUCUAUGCAACACCCACUCUUGGACAGCACUUAUUAGAUCUAAGAGUUUUAUUAGGCCUUAGUUUUUUAGUUGUGAAAGAGAGGGAAAAACUGCCAUAUAGGCUAAAAUUGCCUUUUGAUACUGUCUGUAUAGUUUUUGAACUAAACUAUAACAAGCUUCCCAUUCAGAAAUUGAAAGUGGAAACCUGCCAGGGAAAUAACUGGGCUAGAUUAACAACUGGAACUCACGCUGUGCCAUCCGGUUCAUCUGCAGUGCUUCAUGUUGUUUCGAAAAAGCCCCCUCCCAAACCAGAAACAGACACUGUUGCUGAAAAGAAGAGAAAGGAUAAUAGUGGAAAGAAAAGGAGUGUAGCUGAGAUUAACGACGACAAAGAAAUUCAGAAAGACGACACCAGAGCAAUUGAUAGCUAUGAAUUAAAUUUAGCAGCAUCUUUUCCUCUUAUUAUGUUUUAUUCACUUCCAGUAUUUGACCGACAAAUAAUACUUGAAACGUACUAUCGAAUCCGUACGACUCACCGUACCCUACCAGCCCUCCAGCAUUCCACAAGCCACUCCCUUCAGGUUAUCCACGAUUAA